AUGGUCGGCGUAAUAAGCGCCGUUGUAUCAUGCAACUCAUCAGUCCGUUUAUCCGAGAAGUCAGCAAAUGAAGGCUUAGGUUUUCACGCCUCCGAGACACAACUCGACGAAGUUUUCGAUAAAACUAGCUCUUUUACUAGCUCUUUAGACAGAAUACAAUUAGACAUACAGGACCUACGUAAUCCGUGGGUGCUACGUCUUCCGUAUCCUUCUCGUACCAACAGUAACCGUGUAAUCAUAUUAGAAGCAUCGCAUGCCGAUCUCCGUAUUACAAGAGCAGCGCCUUACGGAGUUAAUUCUGUUCUUGGUGAAGGGAGCUUAAUUGAUGACGAGUCAUUCGAGAUUUUACUAAAAUUGAUUGAGAAAGAGCUUCAAUUGGAUUGUAAGGAAUUUAAGAGAUCCAAAGGUUUAAAUCGAAAAGAAGGGAAAACUAAGCGAACGCGAAAGAGACUAGCUCUUUUAACAUACAGGACCUACGUAAUCCGUGGGUGCUACGUCUUCCGUAUCCUUCUCGUACCAACACUUUUAGCUGCUGAGGUUCAUAGUCUCUAUAAAGCAAAUGAAGCAUUUAGUAAACGUUGGAGAGCUAGAAAAGCUUUAAUACGAAAAGGAGGAGUACUUUCAAUAGAAGAUAAGUAUGAUAUAUUAGAACAAGAGAAUGUAGAAGAUCAGAUACGAUGCGAUGAAUUUACAAAUGAUGAUUCUUCAGCAAGGAGGCAAGCUACUAUACGACGAUGUAGCAAAUGUGGUAGUGCUUCAUAUAAUGCACGAAUUUGUCAAUUAGAUCCAGCAUUAGUUGAUCUUUGA